GGACGCGAGCCUGGAGAUUCAGUUCCGGAUCCUGAGGGUUCCACCUGAUGUUCGAGCGGGUCCAUCUCCGCCGCGCCCCGGGCCAAUCGCUGAGGUCCCCGUUCGGUCCCCCGCCCGGUCCCCUUCCCCUUCCACCCGUGAUCUCUCCGGUGUGCUGAGCGUCCCUGGCUUCCCAGGCGCUCUCUCUGUCUCGGCCUGUCACUCACCCUCUUUGGCUUUGGACCCUCCGUGACCUCCCUUCCUUUGAGCCCUAGACCAGCAAAGACCCUUCCCGCAGAUAGGUGUCUCCACCCCCUCCCGUCUCAAUUUCUGCAUGCUCUUUCAGACCUUACUCUAGUGACUUUUCAAUCACUAUUCCCUUUAAGCUUCCCGUACCCCCAAACCUUGCUGCUCCCUGACGCGUUUAACCCCCGCUGCCAUCGUGCCUCGCUGAUCUCCAAACUCCAGAACUUCCUGACCCCUUGACUUCUAACCCUCAACAUUGCUUUCCUUCCGUUCCGCUGAACUUGAGCCUUUCCUGAUAUCCACUUUCCCUCCUUUCUCCAUCCCCACUCCUAUCUGCCCCCCGCCCCCAACACUUCCCUCGACCCAGCAUCUACUGCUCUGUCGACUUCUUGACUUCUGGUCAAGCUCCUACGGCCUGCCUGGAGCCAUGGACUUCCUGCUGAGUGGCCUGGCCGCCUGUGGAGCCUGUGUGUUCACCAACCCCUUGGAGGUGGUGAAAACCCGAAUGCAGUUGCAGGGCGAGCUCCGGGCACCAGGCUCUUACCAGCGACACUACCGAAAUGUCUUCCAUGCCUUCUUCACCAUUGGGCAAGUGGAUGGGUUGGCUGCCCUGCAGAAGGGCCUGGCCCCUGCCUUAGUAUACCAGUUCUUAAUGAAUGGGAUAAGGCUGGGGACCUAUGGGCUGGCCGAGGCUGGGGGUCACCUCCUUGACUCCAAUGGGAACCACAGCCCUGGCCGUAGUGCUGCUGCCGGGGCCCUUGCCGGAGUUAUGGGUGCCUACAUAGGAAGCCCCAUCUACAUGGUGAAGACACAUCUGCAGGCACAAUCAGCCUCCGAGAUUGCAGUCGGACAUCAAUAUAAGCAUCAGGGCAUGUAUCAAGCACUGUCUAUGAUUGGAAGAAAGCAGGGCCUGGGGGGUUUAUGGAGAGGGGCAUUGGGAGGACUCCCUCGAGUUAUGGUCGGCUCUUCCACUCAGCUCUGCACCUUCUCAUCCAUCAAAGAUCUUGUGACCCAGUGGGAGGUGUUUCCACCACAGAGUUGGAAGCUGGCUCUGGCUGCAGCAAUGGUGAGUAGCCUAGCUGUUGUCCUCGCCAUGACACCCUUUGAUGUAGUCAGCACCAGGCUCUACAACCAACCCACAGACGCCCAUGGCAAGGGUCUGAUGUACCGGGGACUACCAGAUGCAAUGAUGCAAACAAUUCGGACAGAGGGCAUUUGGGGCAUGUACAAGGGCAUGGGUGCUUCCUACUUCCGCCUUGGCCCCCACACCAUCCUCUCACUCUUCUUCUGGGACCAGCUUCGAUUUCUUUACCAGAAACACAAUCAAUGACCCUUUCCAACUCCAAAUCUUCCCUCAACACACUCCACUUGGGAAGGACCACUCUUCUCCCCAUUGAUCUGAUAUUUCUUGGACCCUUCCAUACUUUUAGGUCUUAAUGAUUGAUAAUCACUUACUCAUCCCCCCCCCUUUUCUCAGGGUUGAAUCACUAUGUGGGGCACUCCUUCCCAUCCUGCCAUCACUUCUGGCAUCAUGAACAGCUUAAAACCCCUCACCCUUACUCUCAGGGUUGAACCAAUCAAAGGGAUAUUUUCUCCUUCCCCAGACUGCUAGCUUCCAGUUCCCAUGCACAGCUUUAAACCUCAUCCCCUCAGACCAAAGGGAAUUGGAGGAACCCUUCUUCAUCCCUGCCUCUAGAUUCGAAUUGUAUAAAUGCUUCUUCCCUCACCCUUUCACCAAAGCCACAGAGAUUGUAUUGGUAUAAAGCAAGUUUAUUUCUGCAAA